UCGAAAAGGAAAACCGCCAACAGGAUGCUCCCUUCAUGGCGCUCUGCUCUUCCCUGCGACCACUCCCUUCUCCUCCCUCCGUCCAAUUUUUCCCAUCGGAGAGGUGGAUAGGAUAGGAGGAUCUUACCAACACACCACACCACCUGCGUCAGUUACUCAGUUUGUUUGUUGCUUCUGAGUUCUGCCUGAUUGAUUUGGUUGGACAAGACGACACCACCUCUGCCUCUGCCUGCUGCAACCCGAAGCUCCUCCCCCACCUCUGCUGCAAGCUGAAGCAAAUCCAACCAGCGCCGAUCAUCCAAAGGGGGGCAUGCCGGGAGGAGGAGGAGGAGGAGGAGGGGGAGCGGCGGCGGUGGUGGUGGACGGCAAGGACGGGUACGCGGCGCCGGCGAGGGCGGCGCCGAGGAGCUUCCCGGCGAAGCUCCUCAGGCCGGUGCUCCUCUCCGCGGUGCUCGCCACGGGCUUCCUCGCCGCGGCCCUGCUCAUGUUCUUCGGCGGCGCCUCCUCCUACUACCGCCUCCCGAGGCUCGCCGUGCCGGACGCCCUGCUCCCGGCGCCGACCUGCGACCAGGAGGACGGGGACCAGCAGGGCGGGGCGGCGCAGCGGUGGUGGGCGCGGCCGCCGGCGAGGAGCGCGUGGCACAACAUGAGCGAGGAGGAGCUGCUGUGGGCGGCGUCGUUCGAGCCCCGCGCGCAUCAACGGCGGCCGCCCGGCCGGCGGGGGAGGACGCCCAAGGUGGCCUUCUUGUUCCUCACCCGCGGCCCGCUGCCGCUGGCGCCGCUCUGGGAGCGCUUCUUCAACAGCACCGGCACCAAAGGCAGGGAGCUCUUCUCCGUGUACGUGCACACCACGCCGGGCUACCGCCUCGACUUCCCGCCGUCGUCGCCGUUCCACCGCCGGCAGGUGCCCAGCAAGCCGACGCGGUGGGGCAACGUGAAUGUCGUGGACGCGGAGCGGCGGCUGCUGGCGAACGCGCUCCUCGACUUCAGCAACGAGCGCUUCGUGCUCGUCUCCGAGUCCUGCAUCCCGCUCUACCCGCUCCCGGUGGUGCAUGCCUACCUGACCCGCUCUCGGCACAGCUUCGUCGGCGCCUUCGACGACCCGAGCCCGCACGGCCGGGGCCGGUACCGCGCCGGGCUGGCCCCGGACGUGACUCUCUCCCAGUGGCGCAAGGGCGCGCAGUGGUUCGAGAUGGACCGGCGCCUCGCCGUGUUCGUGAUCGCCGACGAGCGGUACUACCCGCGGUUCCGGACCGAGUGUCGGGCGCCGUGCUACGUGGACGAGCACUACCUUCCCACCGUGCUCUCCAUUGAGGCGCCGACGCAAAUCGCCAACCGGACCGUCACCUUGGUCGACUGGUCCCGCGGCGGCGCGCACCCGGCCACCUUCGGCGCCGCCGACGUGACCGAGGACUUCCUGGGGAUGCUGGUGGGGAAGAAGGGGAAUGCUGAGCGGUGCAUGUACAACGGGCAGCCGGUCGAGGUGUGCUUCCUCUUUGCGAGGAAGUUCGCCCCCGCCGCAUUGCCGCAGCUGCUCAGCCUUUCCUCCAAGAUCCUUGGGUACUAGCUAUGCCUUUUACUAAAUUGAUUUUGGUCUGCUUAUGUAUAGCUCAUACUCACUGAAGGGGAAUAGAGGAAUACAAUUCUUUUUUUAUGUGUCACAAGAACAAAAGGAUGAAUGAUCGAGUGGGUAGUUGUUUCUUAA